UUUCAGGAAGUAAGAUUGUAGGGGUGGGGUGUGUUUACUCCCAGGACGCAGGCCCUGGCAGAGUGCAGAGGGUUGAGGCACAGAGGUGGGGCUGGCACUCCCUGGAGCUCUCUGGCAGCAGCUUCAAGGGGACAGACGCAGCUUGAGUUCUCUCUCUCAUGUGAACGUUGCUCCUGGUGGGCCCAUCGCUGCUGCUGUUGCUGCAAGAAGAGAAAGAAGAAGAAGGAGGAGGAGCUUGGCUUGUCUGGCCUUGGUGCCAGAGCUGGGGAACGAUGCAGCUCUCUCUGGGAACUGUGCUCCCUUCCCUUUGGGAAAGAACCCCCCUGCAGACCUUCCUUCUCCUCUCUGCCAUCCUCCUGAUCCUGGCACAGUAUCUGCAGAGGAGGAGGUGGCAUCUCAACUACCCCCCUGGCCCUCCUGGGCUGCCCUUAGUGGGCAACUUCUUUCAGCUGGACUUUAAAAACCCACAAAUGACAAUCGAAAAGUUUUCCAGGGAAUAUGGAAAUAUUUUCUGCACAUAUGCUGGCAAUCGCACGUUUGUGAUGGUAUCUGGGUUGCCACUGAUCAAGGAGGUCCUGGUCAACCAAGACCAAGUGUUUAUUGAUCGUCCAAAAUUUCCCAUCCACUACCAUGUCUUUAAAACACUUGGCUUGAUAAUGUCUAAUGGCCAAGAGUGGAGACAGCAAAGAAGAUUUGCCCUAAUGACACUAAGGAACUUUGGUUUGGGAAAGAAGACCCUGGAAGAUCGAAUCAAGGAGGAGGCCAGGUAUUUCAUUGAAGCCGUCGGAGAGGAAAAAGGAAAGCCCUUUGACCCCCACUUUCAGAUUAACAAUGCUGUUUCUAACAUCAUCUGCUCUGUAACUUUUGGACAUCGCUUUGACUACCAUGAUUCUCAGUUUCGGCAGCUGCUGAAGAGUAUGGAUGAUGUCACGGUGCUUGAAGCCAGAUGGGAGUGUCAGCUCUUCAAUAUUUUUCCUUGGAUAAUGAAAUUCCUGCCAGGACCUCACCAGAAAUUCUUUAGAGAAUGGAAGAAGCUACAGUCUUUUGUAAAACAUGUGAUCAAAGAACAUAAGGAAGACCUAAACCCAGAGGAGACCCGGGACUUUAUUGAUGCUUACCUGAAGGAGCUGUCCAAGGAUAACAUCCAUUCUAGUUUUCAUGAAGAAAACUUGGUCUUCUGUACUCUGGACCUCUUCUUUGCUGGAACAGAGACAACUUCAACCACUCUGAGGUGGGCACUGCUGUAUAUGGCCCUUUAUCCAGAGAUCCAAGGCAAAGUACAAGCUGAGAUUGACAGCGUGGUUGGCCAGUCAAGACAGCCCACCAUGGCCGAUAAGGAGAAUUUGCCCUAUACUAAUGCAACCAUUCAUGAAGUUCAGAGAAUGGGUAAUAUUCUUCCUUUCAAUGUGCCCAGGGUGGCCACAGUUGAUACCACAGUGGCAGGAUACCAUGUGCCAAAGGGGACCAUAUUGUCAACCAACUUGACUGCCUUGAACAGGGACCCCAAGGAGUGGGCUACUCCAGAAACCUUCAACCCAGAACAUUUUCUGGAGAAUGGACAAUUUAAGAAGAGAGAAGCCUUUCUGCCUUUCUCAAUAGGAAGGAGGGUCUGCCUGGGAGAACAACUGGCUCGGACUGAGCUCUUCCUUUUCUUCACUUGCCUGCUCCAGAACUUCACAUUCCAGGCUCCCCCAAACACCCAGCUGAGCCUGAACUUCCGACAUGGUAUAACCCUCUCUCCUGCCUCAUACCAAAUCUGUGCCCUUCCUCGAGUUAUGUAGGCCAACCUAGGCCUGUAGGGUGACCUGCCAAGGGGGUCAUGGGGAAGGCAUCUUCACCCCCCAAGGUCACCAGCUCUGCCUUUUGUAGCUUAAAUGGGGAAAGGGAGAGAAGUCAAAGAGGCGGGAAGAGAGAGACAAAGGUAGGGUAUCUGUGGUGCAAUCCUAAGUUUUCUGCUCUGAAGAACCAUUAAUGCCAUCAAAAGGAAAACACAAGGAGUCCUUAUUGAACUUGGAGUCCAAGGACCUGGAUUCAGUUUCCAGCCCUGACACUACGUGGGUAACCUUGGACAAGUCACUUGAACUUCUGCCUCAGAUUCUACAUCUAAAACAAGGAGAAGGAUCCCUAAGGUCCUCUCCAGCUCAAAAUCUAAAACCUUGUGAUGCCAUGAAGAGAGAAGCAAUGCUUUUCCUCCCUUGCCUGAAGCAGUAGGUUCAGAUUUAUUUUUUGUUUGUUCAGUAAAUUAUUUGUUUCUCUCCUGAUUUUAUAAAUUACAUAAUGAGUGUCAUUUUAAGGAAGGGUUAUGGGAUGAGUUACAGGAGGCAUUCACAGGUUGAUGAGGACAAUCCUUUAAAAUUCUUGUAGAUUUACAACUCCUUGUGGGCAGAAACUCUUAUGUCUUUGGAUCCACAAUAUCCAGCCCAGUGCCUGAUGUGGAGAAAAAAGCAGUAAAUAUUGCUGAUUGUUUCCUCGGUAAUCCACUCACUUUAAAAUUCGUUAUUUCCUUUGACUUUCACAGUGUGAAAUAUUUAUCAGUUCAUGAGCUGGGUUCCUCAUUCCUAUUAAAAGUCUUGCUAUAGAUGAUAAAUCAUAAUCACUCCACUAUCCAUUAUAGUCACUAAUAUAACCAUACAUAAAUACAUAAUUAAUUAAUUAAUUACAGGAGAUAGGAAUGCCUAUGCAUACAACAUUGCUAAUCUGUUAAAGUUCCCUCUUCCUGUAAAGGUUCCCUGUUCUUUUCAGAGAUGCUUACACAAGGUAGAUUUCCAUGCUGAUAAAGGAAACUUUUGUAAUACCCCAGCCAAUCAGAAAGUUGCAAAGGCAGAUGUGAAUCGAUGUGCUCAGUGUUCCUCAUUUAUCAUUUUCGCUUCUCUUUCUAGUGUUCUUCCAUUAUACCUAUUAAAAUCCUCUGUGAAUUCACAAUGAGGCCCUUGUACCAAAUGAGGUGGUCUCAUACCCAUUUCAUUGGUAAAUUUCUAGCCAUUGCUAAUAAACCACAUCAUGUUCGAAACUCA